AUAGACACGAAGAGGACUGUCCUGUUUCAGCAGCGCUGAGUGUAUCCUGCACCGAGUCCAGCUGUUACCUGCGAUAAAGCCUCAAGUCUAUGCUGAGAUGCUGCACAGUGUGUUGUGGAGUUCAGGACGGUACAUCUCUCAGACAAAAGACCCUCUUCCUGACUCACUGGUACUCAAAGAUAUUGACUCAGAUGGACUCAGGAGGGAGGAAUGUGAAGCCAUGGAAGAUAGCUGUCAUCGUUGUGUCAGUGAUAAUUGGUCUGGCCCUCAUCAUUGGCUUGAUUUCUUAUUUUUUGUGCCAUUAUGAGGAUCGAUAUUACAAUGCAACUUUCCUUAUCACCAAUGUCCCAUAUGACCUUCAGUAUGGAAGGCAAACGACGGAGGAAUUCAGAUACCUGAGCCAAGAGAUUGAAACCAUGAUGUCUAAAGUAUUUAAGGGGUCCUUUCUGAGCAGCAAGUACAUUAGAUCCCAUGUUGUCACUCUAAGCCCAGAUCCUGGUGGAGUGCUUGUAUCUGUUGCUCUGGUAUUUAAAUUUGCCUCAGCUGACAGUGAGACAACAAGCUGGAGUCAUGUCUACAGUGUGUUACGUAGAAGACUUGAAACAAGCUCAACGUUCUUGAAUGUUGACCAGUCUACCAUUAAACUCACAGAAUUGAAUAAGGAGAAUGGAGAUAACCUUAUAAACAACUUCUGUGGAGUACGAAAGGAGGGAUUCUCCUUCUCAGGAGUGGAAAGAAUAACAGAUGGACAACGUGCGCAGGAUGGAGAAUGGCCAUGGCAAGCUAGUAUUCAGCUUGAUGGGACACAUUACUGUGGUGCCUCAGUGAUCAGUAAUACAUGGCUAGUGACUGCAGCCCAUUGCUUUAAAGCAGGAAGAGAACCUCGGAGAUGGACUGCCAGUUUUGGAAUUCUGUUGAGGCCUCCAAAACAGAGAAGAUAUGUCCGAAGAAUUAUCAUUCAUGAAAAAUACAAUAGCCUUGUCCCUGAUCAUGAGUAUGAUAUAGCUCUUGUGGAACUUGCCUCCUCUAUUGAGUUCACAAGUGACGUGCACAGUGUCUGUCUUCCUGAAGCAUCUUACAUAUUAAAAGAUAAUACUUCCUGUUUUGUCACAGGUUGGGGAGCUUUGAGGAAUGAUGGCCCUAGUGUUAAUCAGCUUCGACAAGCAGAAGUAAAAAUUAUUAGCACUGCAGUUUGUAAUAGACCACAAGUGUAUGCUGGAAUGAUAACACCAGGGAUGUUGUGUGCUGGAUACUUAGAGGGACGGGUGGAUGCUUGCCAGGGCGACUCUGGUGGGCCACUGGUGAAGGCAAACUCCAGAGGAAUCUGGUAUCUCGUGGGAAUAGUGAGCUGGGGUGAUGAAUGUGGCAAGGCAGAUAAACCAGGAGUGUACACGCGAGUGACUUUUUAUCGAGACUGGAUUGCUUCCAAAACCGGCAUCUGAAACCUGCGGUUAAGUUUUGUGGGCUGUGUGAAGGGCUAUUCCUCUAACACGUUCUGCUCUGUGGUUACCCUCUAAACAGCUUCUGCCUUGGCAUGUGAUGAUGUAUCAAGUGCUGGCAAGCUUGGAGUAGUCUAGGACUCGAAAUUGGUUUGGCUUACAACCGGAAAAGAAUGAACUCAAUCAUGUGACACAGCAGUUUGUUCAGGAAGUACUCUGUCAAAGGGGCAAAGACUUUGGUUUCUGUGCAGGAUAGAGACCCUCUUCUCUGUGUCCAAAUCUUAUGGCUGCUACUUUGUGGGCUAAGCAUGAGCCCACAAAUCCAUUUACCAGGAUCUUAAAAACAGUUGCAACUAAAAUGUGACCCAUCCAUUUGCUGUGUGCUUCUAAGGCCCCGCCUGUCUGUAGACCAGCUACCAUUGAACCCCUGACUUUAAGACUGCUGUGCUUUUUUCCUGCAUUGUUCCAUGGAGCAUAUCUAUGCUAAUAAUGAACAGAAGAUGGCUUAGAGAAAUUUCAUUUCCUAGCAUCAUGUCAUACAGUUACCUAAGUGAACUCAGAAGUAUUUUUUGCUGUGUUGUCCUGAAAAAGCGAUUGCUGAGAAAAGCCAGCUUCUAUGCACUGCCCUUGAAUGUGUCCACUUCCUGCUUCUUAUGAAGAGCCCCUACUACAGCAUUUUCCAUGAAAGUGAUUUCUGGACUUGAGAUCAAGUAGUACUUAGUGUUCACACUAGUCUAUUGUUUUACUUAAAUAUCUGACUGAAUGAAAUUCCAUUUUAAAACU